UUUAUAUCAAAAUGGUUUUUUUUUUACCCCUAAAAAAAAUUUACCAUGUAAAAAUAUUCUGCUUUGUUAAAAUUACCAAAUUCGGAAUCCAUCUGCGCAUCAAUAAUGCAUAUUGGUGUAAUGGGCGUAGUAUUAUACGAUUGAGUUGAAUAAAUUAUUGAAGUUCAAAACAAUUAUCCGCUAUGGCUCUCAAGAUCUUAUUCAUAUCAAGAAUAUCGGCUCCGAAGGUGUUUAUGCCGCGAAUUGGAAGAAUACGUCAACAAUAUAUGUAAUUAAAAAAUUUGUCGAUAAUAAAGAGGUUUAUUUAACGAGAAUGGCUGAUGGUCAUCAAAAUAUUAUUCGAUUAUACGGAGUUACAACAUUAGACGGUAAAGAAAAAUAUUCGCUUGUUCUCGAGUAUGCGGAAGGUGGGACAUUAAGAAAUUAUUUAAGGAACAAUACUGUACCUUUUAAUUGGGAGAACCAAUUAAGAUUUGCUAAAGAGAUUGCAAGUGCGAUUUUAUGGUUACACGAUGUUAAAGAAAUCAUACAUGGUGAUCUUCACCCCAACAAUAUCUUAAUACACAAAGAUUCAAUAAAAUUAGCAGAUUUUGGGUGUUCAUGUCUAAAAGAAUCAGAUGAUAACCCUGGAGCACAUGGCGUAAUACCUUAUAUGGACCCUAAAUUUUUUGAGAAUAAUGAGAAUAAUUCAUAUCGUAUAACAGAAAAAUCCGAUAUAUACAGCUUGGGCGUAUUAUUUUGGGAGUUAACAAGUCGAAAAUCACCUUUUAGAUAUAAGUCGGGAGUCGAUCACGCUCUUAGGUUACAUAUCCUUAAUGGUUUAAGAGAAAAACCUAUACAAGACACGAAUGCUAUAUUUGUUGAAUUAUAUCAAAAAUGUUGGAAACACGAACCAGAUAAUAGACCGAAUAUUCACCAAGUAAUUUCAGAACUUAAUUCUAUUGGUCCUGAAAACAAUAAUAUAUCAACUACUUUUACUCCCGAAGAAAGCGAAGAAAGCGAAGAAAGUGGAAAAACAGAGAAUUUAUACUUGUCAGAUAGUGAUUAAAUAUGCUUUAUCACGAUUUUAGAUUAUUUCUAUGUUACAUUUGUUUUUCGUAAUUAUAACAUUUUCAAUAAUUCUAUCCGAGUAGAAUAACUAUUUGUUUUUUAAUUUUUACACGAACAUUUUAUAUAGAGUAAAAUAAAAAGCUAUGUACGUAAUACGUAAAAAAAAAUUACACACGUCAAGUGAUAAUAUUUAUGACUGUCAUUGUGCAACGUCCAAUAAAUCAAUGACUGGUCACGUGCC